AUGAUGACAGGACAAGGGGGGGUGCCAGUGCCACCCCCGCCGCCGCAGCAGCCCCCGUCGCCAGCCCCAGCCGCGGCCGCAGCGGGCCCGCUGGCGGACCAAGCUGCGGAACCCAGUGCCGCGGGCGCGGUGAUAGACGAGAUGGUGGCAGCCCCCGCGGCGGGCAUCGUGCCCGUGCCGUGUUCGCCGGCCAGGGACCCCGCGGCUGCCCAGAACCUGUCUUUGGUGACUGGCUUGCGGCGGCUGGCACGCGUGGAGGGCCUGGAGCUCUGCCGCCGACGCCCGCCCGAGCACUUCCUGUCCCGCCUGGGCGCGACGGGCUCCAGCUACGAGGCGCGGGCCGCGUGGUGGCACUGGUGGGAGCCGGACGGCACCGCGCCCGCCAUGCGGGUCGGGGAGGCCGCGGAGGACGCGCCCUGCCUCGAGGGCGGCGCGGCGCGGCGCAUGCUGUCGUCGAGCACGAGCUGCUGCCAGAGGAUGAACGCCCACCAGUGCUCCACGCCGAGGGGCGUCUUGACGCCGUGGGCUGCGCACGCGCCCAGGGCCGCGGCCGGCGCGCGGCCGGUGGUGGUGGCGGUGCCCUGCGGCAGCGGCGCGGUGCUGCCCGCGCCGCCCUGGCGGCAGCUGCCGGCGAAACCCGUGGCAGCCGUGACGCUGCGGCCGAGGGGGCAGCCGUGGCCCGCCAGGCCCGGCGGCGCCUGA